CCUUUACAGAUUAAUGAGUCAUACAGCUGCCAUCCAAAAUAUAUGUGCAUCAGUCUCAGAGGGCCAGGCUUUCACUCACUAUGUGGUAGCCCACCCUUAAGCUUUCUUUACAACGUCCUCAUCAGAUUCAGCGGAGUCAGCUAGCAGUGUAAAAGGACAUUUAGGAUUUAUUGUAGAAUAUCGCAAUCAAAUUACAAUGAAGCUUUUUGGAUCGUUCCUUAUUUUGCUCAUACUCAGGGAAGUAACGUCUCAAAACAAACGUACAAAUAAACUGAGCUCAAAACAUCUGAACCAGAAUAAAAAAAGGCUCCAGGCAAUCCAUGAAGGGAAUCCACUAUCUGCAGAAGAAGUUAUGCCCGGGAAUAUUACUGUGAUGGAACAAAGAUCAAAAAACUCCACUUUGCAUGACCAAAAGACAUCUGAGGAUAUGAAGCUUUAUUUUUUAAAGAACUCGGAUGUGACUUGCAAUGAUGGGACAACAGCUGGAUAUUAUUUAAGAGAGGGCAAAGGCAGCAAAAAAUGGAUCAUAUUUUUGGAAGGAGGGUGGUGCUGUUACAGCAAAGAGACGUGUGAUGUCAGAUAUCACUUUGUCAAGCGUUUGAUGAGCUCCACUGAAUGGCCGCAGACCAGGAAAGGUUCUGGAAUUCUGUCUCCCAGACAGGAUGAAAACCCUCACUGGUGGAAUGUAAAUACAGUGUUUGUACCAUAUUGUUCAAGUGAUGUGUGGAGCGGAAACACUUCAAAAUCUCAUCAAGAUUAUGCUUUCAUGGGAUCAAUAAUCGUACAGGAGGUGAUUCGAGAUUUAGCCUCAAAAGGUCUGAAACAAGCUAAAUCAGUUAUCCUGGCUGGUUCUAGCGCUGGGGGUACUGGAGUACUGAUUAACCUUGACCGAGUGGCACUUGUGGAGGAACUGACUGCUGAACCAGUACAAGUCAGAGGUUGGUUUGACUCUGGCUGGUUCCUCAAUCCCAAACCUUCUAAGCUAUCUGACUGUUUAGGCACCAUGUGUGCCCCAGCUGAUGCCAUAAAGAAAGGAUUAAAACUGUGGAAUGGAAUCCUUCCUGAAAUAUGUAAACAGCAGUUUAAUAAAGGUGACGAGUGGCACUGCUUCUAUGGUCCCAAAAUACAAAUGUCCAUGAAAUCUCCUGUAUUUGUUGUUCAGUGGCUUUAUGAUGAGGAACAGCUACGAAUGGAAAAUAUUCAACCAGAAUUCCACUCCAUGACUGCAAAACAAUGGAACAACAUACAGAACAUUGGCCGUGAGCUCAAGAAGUCUCUGCAUGACAUACCGGCAGUAUUCGCCCCAGCAUGCGUCUCCCACACACUUAUAACAAAAAGCAACUGGCUGGACUACCAGGUGAAGAGCAUUUCUUUGGCCCGAGCUCUGCAUUGCUGGGAGAAAAGUCUACAAGAAAGAAGAAAUGCUAAGGCGGUUACUCGUGGGUGUACCUUUCAUUUGAUUGACAACUGCCCGUGGCCCCAUUGUAACCCAACGUGUCCAGCCCUUUAUGACCAUGUAUCUGGCCAGCCAAUGAGCAUGCUACAGCGAUUCCUCAGGCUGGGAAUAGACAGUCACAAGAAAGGACAUGAACCCAAACGGGACCUUAGUCAACUUAUGACCAUGUUCAGAAAUGGUGGCUAAUCUAUGCCAUAAAAAAACAUUAGGUUGUUCCUAACAUCAGAAAUUUGUUGAUGUGAGAUUUGAUAUUAUUUACAUACAUAUGAUGAUUAUGACAUGUUUUAACCCCUUGAAUGACAGAGAGGACCGAUAUACAUUUCACAGUCAAUACAAUUAAAGAGACACCUUGUAAUUCAAAGACUUCUCUGUAGUCUUGAAAUACAUAAAAAUGACAACUAAAUGUGAAUUCCUUCUGAAUACGUUAACACCUAGUUUGCUCCCUGACACGAUUUGCCUUUAUUGUAGGAGCUAACUGACCAGACAAAGCUUACUUAGCCCUGUUAUUUUGUUAACAAAACCUGCAUUGUUUUAUAUUAUUUUAUCUUAUUACAUCUGAGGUCCUGAUUAGGAACAGACAUGUAGCAGGCAUAAGCUUGUGACAUCUGCAUUCAGGGUCCUUCCAAUUCUAAAUAGCAAUUGGAAAACCCCAGAUUUUAUUUGCAAACUUACUCAGCUUAAUAGGGACAUAAAACACAAUUUUUUUUCUUUCUUUAUUCUGACAGAACAUAUAAUUUGAAUCAACUUUCCAAUUUACUUCUAUUUGCAAUUUUGCUCCAUUCUUUUGGUAUCCUUUAUUAAAAGAGCAGCAAUGCACUACUGAGAGCUAGCUGAACACAUUAUAAAGCCAAUAACAACAUGCAUAUAUAUGCAGCCAUCAAUUAUCAACUAACUCCCAGCUCCUGAGCCUACCCAGAUAUGCUUUUCAAAGGAUAGCAAAAGAACGAAACAAACUAGAUAAUACAGGUAAAUUGGAAAGUUGUUUAAAAUUGUAUGCUCUAUAUGAAUCAUGAAAAUAUUUGUUUUGUGUUUCAUGUUCCUUUAAUAAGAUAGAGAUUAGAUACAGAUGUAAGCAUUUUUAAGGGUAAACAGAUACUUGUCACCAGAAAUUUAGUAAGCAGGCACUUAAAGGGACAUGAAACCCACAUUUUUUCUUUCAUGAUUUAGAAAGAGAAUGCAAUUUUAAACAUCUUUCUAAUUUACUUCUAUUAUCUAAUUUGUUUUAUUCUCUUGAUAUUCUUUGCUGAAAAGCAUAUCUAGAUAUGCCCAGUAGCUGCUGAUUGGUUGCUGCACAUAGAAGCCUCAUGUGAUUGGCUCACCCAUGUUCAUUGCUUUUUCUUCAACUUAGGAUAUCUAAAAAAUGAAGCAAAAUAAAUAAUAGAAGUAAAUUGUAAUGUUGUUUAAAUUUGUAUUCUCUAUCUGAAUCAUGAAAGAAAGAUUUUGGGUUUAGUGGCCCUUUAAUUAUCAUUGCAUAUAGGGACAGCAAAAAAAAUCACAAUUACAAACCUCUCUGGUAGAAAAGGAGUUCAGUUUUGUAUCCUAUUUAUCUUUGAUUAUUUCAAAAUGUCACAAAAAUAGAAACAGGAAUAUUUUUACUUUGCAUUUAAGAUCAAAUGUGUAAAGUUUAUAGAAUCAUUAAAGCAAUAUUUUUGUUCACAUACUACAUACAAAAACAUACAUCAUAGAAAAAAAAUAUUUUGUACUGGACAUGCGCGUGCGCAGACAUUUGUCUCAAAGGAAUCAUUCAGCAUACAAAAAAUAUAUAUAUAAUUUUUUUUUCCGUCCAAUAUUCGUUCAUGGUGUGAUUGGAAUUUGUUAAUGAAAAUCCAGUCAACAGCUUAAAUGCAAAUAAAGUUAAAGUAGCAGCUAGUGCUACUUUUACAGUCCACCAUCAAUACAAAAUUUUUUUUUUAAUGGGGUCAUUAAUGCACGUCUAGUAUGUACAGUUACACGUGCAUAUAGGAUUGUUAUUACAUUUUUGCCUAAUUUAACUUUACCACCCAGAUUUAUGCAGCUGGGCACACCAACAACCUCAGGGAACACACACGAUCAUGGCUUCGGUAAAAUAAAAAUAUCAUUAUAUAAUUUAUUUUCAACUUCACAGCUUUAAAGGGACCCUGAACCCAAAUUUUUUAUUUCAUGAUUCAGAUAGAGCAUGAAAUUUUAAGCAACUUUUUAAUUUACUCCUAUUAUCAAUUUUUCUUCGUUCUCUUGCUAUCUUUAUUUUAAAAGCAGGAAUGUAAAUCUUAGCAGCCAGUUCAUUUUAGGUUCAGCACCAUGGAUAGCGCUUGCUUAUUGGAGGCUUACAUAUACCCACCAAUAAGCAAGCAUAACCCAGGUUCUCAACCAAAAACGGGCCGGCUACUAUGCAUCACAUUCCUGCUUUUAAAUAAAGAUAGCAAGAGAACGAAGAACAAUUGAUAAUAUGAGUAAAUUUGAAAGUUGCUUAAAAUUGCAUGCUCUAUCUGAAUCAUGAAAGAAAAAUUGUGGGUUUAGUGUCCCUUUAAAUUAGAUGGGUGCACAGUCUAAAAUGUUGUUUUGGUCAACUCAUUCAUUGCAAAGAAAAAAAUAUUUUGCCUUUAGAGUAAGCAUUUAAGUGCAUGAACAAAUCGAGUACAUUUUCAAUGUGCAUUUCUUUAUUCAUUAAAGGGACAUGAAAUCCAGAAUGUUUAUUUCAUGAUUCAGAUUCACCUGUGCUCUAUUACAGAUAUCCUUAAAGGGACAGUUCACCCAAAAACUUUCUCCCCUUUAAAUUAUUCCCAAUGAUCCUUUUUACCUGCUAGAGUGUAUUAAAUGAGUUGCAAGUGGCUCCUUUACUCUUAUUUCAGCAUUUGAAAUAGCUGAUUUAGCUUGUGGUUUCCCAACCUAUACUAAAAGUUUUCAUACUGGCGUAUACGCUAUUGACAAGCCUAAGUAAACACAGCCAGCAGAAGAGAUUACACCCUCAGUGGGGGGCAGGAUAGUUAAGUAAUAAAAUGAUAAUUUUCCAUUGUUCUCUCUAAUUAUUGAGCUUUGGUGUUCCAGACAAAUAUAAGAUAAGGAAGCAAGUCUGUGUACACAAAGUAAUAAUAUAAUGAGAUCUGAUAUUACCUGAAGCUCAACCCAUUGUAAUAGGCUGUGGUUUCAAAGCACAAAACCAGCUACUUCAGAUACACAAAUAAACCCGAAAGUGCAAUUUCUCAAAUAUUUUAUACUCUGCAGUUGGUAUAACAAGUCAUUUAAAAUACAUUUAUGGAAAAACAAUUUUACAGUGUACUGUCCCUUUAAAUAUGGCCUGUGGGACAGAUUUGAAAACCAUUAAGAUAGAGCAUGGGAUUUUAAGCAACUUUCUAAUUUACUUCUAUUAUCACAUUUUCUUUGUUCUCUUGGUAUCUUUUGUUGAAAAGCAGGGGUGUAAGCUCACGAGUGUGCAUGUGUGUGGAGCAAUAUAAGGCAGCAGUUUUGCAAGACCGCUAUGGGCUCAAUUUAUCAAUCAUUCUCCUUUCUGUUCUCCUAUCAGUUCUCCGCAGCUCUCCUUAGGAGAGGCGCACAUGUGCGCCUGUAUUUAUCAUAAAAAAGUUGUUUUUUCUCCAUAGGAGAGCUGAGGAGAACUAAUGAUAAAUUUCUCCAGUCGGAUUAGUAUCUUCUUAUUUAUCACUAAAAAUAAGCAACUAUUCUCCAUGUCAGUCAUAUAUAAACCAAUAGAAAUCUUUAUACAGCCCCCCUAGUAGCUUUGUUAACGCCCCUCUUCAGCAAAACUUCAUAUAAGAAAAUAGAUCUACAUUUUCAUUGUUUUUGUGCUUCAAAUUUAGCGCUUUUUUAUAUCUUAUUUUUAUGCCCCAAUAGAGAUAAUUUUUGUGCUCUGUUAUAUAUUAUUUUGGCGCUCCAUUAUAUAUAUUUUUUCACUCUAUCAUAAAUUAUUAUUGUGCUUUGUUAUAGAUACAUUUUGCACCUUGUAGAGCCCUUUUUGUGUGUAACUGCUUCUACAAUUGGUAGAGAAUAGAUUUCUAAUGCUGUUCUCCACUGUAGCUAUGGAGAACUUUAAUGCAGGAACUUGCAGGAGAACUUUCAGUCCUGCACAGAAGAAUAUAAAUGAUACAUUUGUAACUAGGAGAAUUAUGAGGAGAACUAUAUGAAAUACCACUAAAAAGAUCUAAUUUAACCCUUUUUUUGGAGAACAUGUUCUCCAAGGAGAGUGAGAACAGAGUAGGAGAAUUUUACAGUCAAACUUGCCCAAUUUUAGGCACAUUUUUGAAUGAUAAAUAGGGGAAUUAUUUCUCAUGAGAACGUUUUGGAGAAUAUGAAUGAUAAAUCGAGCCUAUUAUGACUGCAGGUUCUCACAGCAGCGGUCAUCAGACACAAGAGAACCUGCAGUCAGUUUUUACCAAGCAGCAGUCAUCAGACACAAGAGAACCUGCAGUCAGUAUUUAUCAAGCAGCGGUCAUCAGACACAAGAGAACUUGCAGUCAGUAUUUAUUAAGCAGCAGUCAUCAGCCACAAGAGAACCUGCAGUCAGUAUUUAUCAAGCAGGGGUCAUCAGACACAAGAGAAACUGCAGUCAGUAUUUAUCAAGCAGCGGUCAUCAGACACAAGAGAACCUGCAGUCAGUAUUUAUCAAGCAGCGGUCAUCAGACACAAGAGAACCUGCAGUCAGUAUUUAUCAAGCAGCGGUCAUCAGACACAAGAGAACCUGCAGUCAGUAUUUAUCAAGCAGCGGUCAUCAGACACAAGAGAACCUGCAGUCAGUAUUUAUCAAGCAGCGGUCAUCAGACACAAGAGAACCUGCAGUCAGUAUUUAUCAAGCAGCGGUCAUCAGACACAAGAGAACCUGCAGUCAGUAUUUAUCAAGCAGCUGUGAUCAGACACAAGAGAACCUGCAGUAAGUAUUUAUCAAGCAGCUGUGAUCAGACACAAGAGAACCUGCAGUCAGUAUUUAUCAAGCAGCAGUCAUCAGACACAAGAGAACCUGCAGUCAGUAUUUAUCAAGCAGCGGUCAUCAGACACAAGAGAACCUGCAGUCAGUAUUUAUCAAGCAGCAGUCAUCAGACACAAGAGAACCUGCAGUCAGUAUUUAUCAAGCAGUGGCCAUCAGACACAAGAGAACCUGCAGUCAGUAUUUAUCAAGCAGUGGUCAUCAGACACAAGAGAACCUGCAGUCAGUAUUUAUCAAGCAGCGGUCAUCAGACACAAGAGAACCUGCAGUCAGUAUUUAUCAAGCAGCGGUCAUCAGACACAAGAGAACCUGCAGUCAGUAUUUAUCAAGCAGCGGUCAUCAGACACAAGAGAACCUGCAGUCAGUAUUUAUCAAGCAGCUGUGAUCAGACACAAGAGAACCUGCAGUAAGUAUUUAUCAAGCAGCUGUGAUCAGACACAAGAGAACCUGCAGUCAGUAUUUAUCAAGCAGCAGUCAUCAGACACAAGAGAACCUGCAGUCAGUAUUUAUCAAGCAGCGGUCAUCAGACACAAGAGAACCUGCAGUCAGUAUUUAUCAAGCAGCAGUCAUCAGACACAAGAGAACCUGCAGUCAGUAUUUAUCAAGCAGCGGUCAUCAGACACAAGAGAACCUGCAGUCAGUAUUUAUCAAGCAGCAGUCAUCAGACACAAGAGAACCUGCAGUCAGUAUUUAUCAAGCAGUGGCCAUCAGACACAAGAGAACCUGCAGUCAGUAUUUAUCAAGCAGCGGUCAUCAGACACAAGAGAACCUGCAGUCAGUAUUUAUCAAGCAGCAGUCAUCAGACACAAGAGAACCUGCAGUCAGUAUUUAUCAAGCAGCAUUCAUCAGCCACAAGAGAACCUGCAGUCAGUAUUUAUCAAGCAGCAGUCAUCAGACACAAGAGAACCUGCAGUCAGUAUUUAUCAAGCAGCGUUUAUUAAACACAAGAGAACCUGCAGUCAGUAUUUAUCAAGCAGUGGUCAUCAGACACAAGAGAACCUGCAGUCAGUAUUUAUCAAGCAGCGGUCAUCAGACACAAGAGAACCUGCAGUCAGUAUUUAUCAAGCAGCGGUCAUCAGACACAACAGAACCUGCAGUCAGUAUUUAUCAAGCAGCGGUCAUCAGACACAAGAGAUCCUUCAGUCAGUAUUUUUCAAGCAGCGGUCAUCAGACACAAGAGAUCCUGCAGUCAGUAUUUUUCAAGCAGCGGUCAUCAGACUGCUAUUUCCUAACCUCUUCUCCACCUCAUAGGUGGAAACUUUUAAUCUCCCCAGUCUCAUCAGACCAGGGAGAUUGGCUGUGCGCGGGCAGUGUUGCACAAAAGCGCAAACAGAAUUCUGCCCGCCAGAGGCCAGCUGCGUCGGACAGGGGCACAUGUGUACUUCGCUGUGGCUUGAUAAAUGGAGCCCUAUAUGGCAGCACUAUUUCCUGCCGUGUAGUACUCCAGACCAGUGUUCCCUCUAAGGUCAGUUUUGUGUGCGGCACAGCAGUGAAACAGUUAAUAAGAGAACCAUACCUUGCAGUCUACAUUGUGCAGGGUUUGCUAACUGCAGGGUGCGGUUUCCUUGACCUAAUUAACUGUUUCACUGCUGGGCAGCACACAAACUGGUCUUAGAGGGUAUACUGCUCCAGACACUUACCUAGGUAUCUCUUCAACAAAGAAUACCAUGGGAAUGAAGCAAAUUUACAAAUAGAAGUAAAUUACAUGCUUUUUCUGAAUUAUAAAAUAUUUUUUUGGGUUUCGUAUCCCUUUAAAGCACUGGUUUAUAAACCUGUCCUCAGGCCUCACUAAUUGAGGAGAUCUGAACUAGAGCACAGGUGAAACAAUCAUAUGAUUAGUAAACAUGGUUAUUUUACCUGCUCUCAUCCAAUGUAAUCCUGAAAAUCUGUCCCAUUAGGGAGGCACAAGUUCAGGUUUGAAAGCCAGUGCUUUAAAGGGAUGCUCAUUUAUUAUUUUUGGACAAAUACAAUAUGUUGGGUUGUUUUUUUUUACGUGCAUUCUUUCAAAUCUGAAUAAACAUCUACUUGAAAUUAUAUAUAUUUCAGUUUUUUCAUAUUAUAAAUCUUGUCUGCUGCAAUUAUAACGGGAAAUAUUGAACAAAUAAAUAAAACUAUUUGAAAAUU